GUUCCCGCCUCGCCCCACCCUCUCCCCGCCUGGGCGGAAACGACAGCUGCGGCAGCGGGGCUGGCGCCGCCUCCCUCCACCUACCACGUCUGCCCCCGCCACUCCCGGCCGGCGCCCCAGCCCGCCGCGGCGCCUCCGCCCACCCGCUCGGUCGGCCGGCAGCUCCGCCCGGCUGCCUCCCAGGAUGAACAUUAUGGACUUCAACGUGAAGAAGUUGGCGGCCGACGCGGGCACUUUCCUCAGCCGUGCCGUGCAGUUCACAGAAGAAAAGCUUGGCCAGGCAGAGAAGACAGAAUUGGACGCUCACUUAGAGAACCUCCUUAGCAAAGCUGAAUGUACCAAAAUAUGGACAGAGAAAAUAAUGAAACAAACUGAAGUGUUAUUGCAGCCAAAUCCAAAUGCCAGGAUAGAAGAAUUUGUUUAUGAGAAAUUGGAUAGAAAAGCUCCAAGUCGUAUAAACAACCCAGAACUUUUGGGACAAUAUAUGAUUGAUGCAGGAACUGAGUUUGGCCCAGGAACAGCUUAUGGUAAUGCUCUUAUUAAAUGUGGAGAAACACAAAAACGAAUUGGAACCGCAGACAGAGAACUGAUUCAGACAUCAGCUUUAAAUUUUCUCACUCCAUUAAGAAACUUUAUAGAAGGAGAUUACAAAACAAUUGCUAAAGAAAGGAAACUGCUACAAAAUAAGAGGUUGGAUUUGGAUGCUGCAAAAACCAGACUAAAAAAGGCAAAAGCUGCAGAAACUAGAGCUUCACAACUAAACUCAGCUCGCCUAGAAGGAGAUAACAUUAUGAUUUGGGCAGAGGAAGUGACAAAAUCUGAACAGGAAUUAAGAAUAACUCAAAGUGAAUUCGAUCGUCAGGCAGAGAUUACCAGACUUCUGCUAGAAGGAAUCAGCAGUACACACGCCCAUCACCUCCGCUGUCUGAAUGACUUUGUAGAAGCCCAGAUGACUUACUAUGCACAAUGUUACCAGUACAUGUUAGACCUCCAGAAACAACUGGGAAGUUUUCCAUCCAAUUAUCAUUGUAACAACAAUCAAACUUCUGUGCCACCUGUACCAUCUGCUUCAUCAAAUAUAAUUGGUUCUUCUGCCUUGACUUCAACAAGUGGCCUAGUAAUGACCUCUCCUUCCAACCUUAUUGACCUUAAGGAGGGCAGUGGCAGCAGGAAGGCCAGGGUUCUAUACGAUUAUGAUGCUGCAAACAGUACUGAAUUAUCACUUCUGGCAGAUGAGGUGAUCACUGUGUUCAGUGUCGUUGGAAUGGAUUCAGACUGGCUAAUGGGGGAGAGAGGAAAUCAGAAGGGCAGGGUGCCAAUUACCUACUUAGAACUGCUCAAUUAAAUAGGUGGACUAUGGAAAGAUUAUCCAUCAUGACACCGUAUUUAUAUACAAUUAACUCUAAAUACAGCAAGUUUAGUAUCUUCCAUGUUAAUGUCUUAAAGAGACUGAAAAGAAAAUACCAGCCAUCAGAAACCAGCUUUCUGCCAAUAAAAUUGCAUGGUAACUAUUUCAUUACAGAAUUUAUGUUAGAGCUUUCAUGCCAAGAAUGUUUUCUUACAAAAUUCUCUUUCUACUGAGGUUUCACUAAUAAUAAGCAGCUUCUACUUUUGAGCCCCAACUUAAAGCAGGAGAACUGUUUUCUACUGAAAUUUUCAUUAAUGGCAAGCUUUUUCUUUUAUGUAAAAUAAAUUUAUUGUGGAUUGAUACCAGUGACUCAUUUAUUAGGUAUAGCCAAAGAAUAAAAUUAAAAUUUGAUUUUAACUGUUGGUUUUAAAAAGAUCUAGGAUAUAAACCUCUUUUGUGAAGAAUAUGUUUUUGAAUGUUUUCAUGAACAGAAAUGCAGUUAUACCAUGUUUACCUUGUUUUCCAACAGAAAUUGAAUGAUUUCAGUACCAUAUUUUAAUGGGUUAUUUGGGGUAAGGAAUGUUUAUUAAACACUACUGAAUGAUUUCUUUUAAAUUUAAGAAAAACUAGUCUUUAAAAGUACUAUCAUAUUUCUCUGGUAUGUUUGCAGUGAAGGUUCUGAAACAUCUGUGACAAGUUCAGUUCACUAAGCAAUGUUUUAAGAUUGUUCAGUUGGCACAGUUUAAUGCAUAUCAGAAUUGGACUCAUUAAGAACAUACUGCAGUACAGUGAAGAGACUUUGUUGUUAAUGAGCAACAAAUCUUUAUAGAAAUACAGACUAGUGCAGCUACGUUCAUCACAGUAAAGUAUAUACAAACAAUCCACUUUUGGUUACUCUGAGCCUACUAAUAAAAUUUUGAAAAUGUCUUAAUGAACUUAGGUCAUCUUGAUCGAGAUCUGUUGUUAUGAAACACACACUAAUGAAAUCAUUAGUGACACAUUUUGAGUCAGAAAAUUGUUAUGCGGAUCAUUGUUGAGUCAACAGAUUGUUUCCAUGUUAGAACUUCUGCUGUCUUCUUCAUUCAUUCAUUAAGCAUUUGUUGAGGUCCUGGUACUGUGUUGAUCAUCUGGGGAUACUACCCUGAACAAGAUGCAGAAUCAGUGUCAGUGUCAUGAUAGAAGAAAUACAGGGUACUGUGUCUCGGGGCUUUGGGGUCACCUGAUUUCUCAUUUGGUAUGUGGGAGCUGGUUUGAAGAGGAAGUGCUUCAGCUGGGAAAAGGCCUGGAGCCAAAAGAGCGUACAUAGCUCAUGCUGACAACAAAGUAGUUCAGGCUGACUUACAGGUGAAGUGCAAAGGUGUAGCCAUUUCUUCAGGGAAUGUUAAUGUAUCAAAAUGAUAUUUUUGGUACUUUAAAAAAUGAUAAAUACUUAACACAAAAGGAUAUUUGAAAAUGGUAAACAUGUUGAUAAUUUAGCUCACAGUCUAAACUUCAACAGUUUUUACCCUUUAAUUUCGGUGCUAUGAGACAUAUUCCUCUACGUUUUAAAGUUGUACAGGUCGCUUUGAUUUACACUGUGAAUCGCCAUACUCUUAACCCCCAAAACUACUCAGGCUGGUUAGCUGUAGAACCAAGUGAGCAAAACUUUUUUCCCCCCUGAAAGGAAGUUCUACAGACAGCCUAGAGUAAUAUCUAUUAGGUUAUAGAAGUCAAGAUUUAGGCUUUAAAGGUCAUACAAAGAAAUUCAGGUCAACUUAAACAGCAACUAUAAAUAAGGUUUAUAGGAAGCGUGGUAAAGGGGAAAGACUAUGGACACUGGAAUGGAAUGGUCCUGGAUUCAAAUCCAGUCUCACUGUGCUGUUUGAACUUCGACUCAGAUGAUGCAUAAACUGUCAUUUCCUUAUUAGUAAAAUGGAGAUAAUUGUGCUGCCUUAAGAUGAUGAUUAUCUUGCAUGUUAGGCAAUUUUUAGGGAAGUUUUGGCAUGUAAUAGAAACAUUCUCUAAAUACCAGUUUCCCCUCAUUAGCUACAAGGAGCUUCCUGACCUGCAGAGACUGUAAGACCUCGUUUAUGACUGUACCAGAGAUACCUCUUUUAUACACAUGAUCUGCUCUGUUCUACUCCUGUCCUCCACCCUCUUUAAAUCAGAUCCAGGUUUAACCUCACCACAGUCUGUAAACUUUUAUCAGAAUCUUCCGCCUUCUAAAUGAAUAUUGAUUAUAGUAACCCAGUAAUGUACAUUAGCCUUUAAUAAUGUUACGGUUCAAAGGCUCCUUGUGCCUUUGUCUACCACAAAUCUACCACACGUGGAUUUGUUUUUCUUUUUAUUGCUUUUUAUUUUAGUUGGGUUUUGUGCGAUUGGUUGGUUGGGGUUUUUUUUUGGUUGGUUUUAUUUUGGUUGUGGCUUAUUUUAUAAAGUCAUAGGUUUAAGUUUUACUCAGGUAAAGGCCCAUAAAGGUUCUUAGGCCUGAAAGAAAAGCUUGGGAAGCCUAUUAAUUCAUGGUGCAAUUCAGAAUUAUUUAAAUAAACUCUGUGCCCCCGAGGUUAGGUAUAGUAACAUGUGAAGGACACAUACGAAUAAAGUAAAGGGAGUAACUGUAGGCUCUUUUACACACAGCAAAAUAAGUGAUUGGAUUCUCUACAUUUGUCCUCACAGUAAUCUAACCUAAAAGGCUGUGGUGUUAAAUCAUUUUUGUGGUGCUAAUUAGAAGAAUUCAUAUUGUAGGUUCGGUCUGCAAUGGGAAUGUGCCUCACCCCGGGUAACGAGCAAUAAGAACCUGAAUCCGUGGGUUAGAGUCCAUCCUCACAGUCUGCUGUUACCCUCCACCCAAAUAAGCGGACAGAAGGUGAAUGUAGGAGCUGGUGUUGGGAGAACAUUUCUGAGAUGAACUGUGGGGGAGGUGAUGGAGUGCUGGACAAGAAGCUGACAGAAUUCCUAAAACAUUUACUGUGCCUCCCAAAUGCCUGAAAUUAUGAAAUAUGUAGCCCUAGUAUGUAGCACGUCAAGCCUGGAUGAGGAGCCAUUAUAGAUAGAUGGUUUUCAAGUUUGACCUGCAGCCAGCUUUGUCUCAGCCUCUCCACCUCAUGACACUCAGAAGAGGAGGAGGGAUAUUCAGAGCAACCAGCCCUUUUCCCAGUGUCCUAAUUAGAACGUCUGCUCAGCAGGGCCGAGUCCUCAGUGUGAGACCCCAGGACGGGCAACAGCAGCAUCACCUGGGAACUCGUUAGAAAUGCUCAUUCAUGUUUCUGAGUACUUUCUACCUUGAUUUUUUUUUCUUUCUUUUUUGGUCUUCAAGGGGCUGUAGAACUAGUCAUAGUUCUUCAUGUAACAUUUUUUUAAAUAUUUUAAGACAAAAAUUGUCUUUACCCUGUU